AAAAUAGAACUAAAUUAAAAUUAUUCUUAAGUAUUUAGCGUAAGUUUUUGUUUUAAAGGCACAGGUUAAAUAUGAAAAUUUACUAGGUGUGUCUUUUAAGGUUGACAGUAAUUGGCACAUACUUCAAUUUAUUAAUGACUACUGUCAUUAAUUAUGUUCCAGACUUACCAUAUUUCAUUAAAAAUUCGUGUGAAAAAAUGUUAGCAUUACAAAUUUAAGUUAAUAUUAAAUUAGUUUAUAACUUUUCAUAAUUCAAGCAUGGUCAAAAAAAAAGUAUCCAACGAAAUCAAUAACCUUAGAAAUGACAAAUAUUCCGGUGAAGUUAGUUUGCAGUCCAAAUUAAGUCACACUAUCGAAUAUGCAGAAAAAGCGAUCCAGCACGAUGAUGAACCCAAUAAAAUUCAAGAAAAAGAAAGUAAGCCACCAGCUAUUUCAAAAACAAAAUUCACGACUAAAAAAUCAUACGAGUCCUUUUCUACUUCAUCAUCAAGGCUGAAAAGUUUUCCUGCAGAAGAAAUCAGAAGGAUUCAGCAAUCACCAAAACCCGAAACUAAUUUAAAUUAUCAACAAAAUGAUGGUCAAGGUGAUGGUUUCCUUCAAUCUCUGUACUCUGAAUCAUUAAAGUUGUCCGAUAAGAAUUUUGCACUGAAUCAGCAACAUUUACCUUCUACUGAGUAUCAACAAAUACCGCCUGAAGAUUCAAACUUUUAUCAAAAAUCAGAUAGACAGAUUCACAGACCAUUUGUGCCUAUGUCUCGAAGUUUAAAUAUUCAAGAACCUCAUUUUGUUUUUGAUAACCAUAUUGAUAAUUUUCCAGCCUCAAAUUACAGCAUUGAGAAUAAAGAAAUGCUUGUAAAUACUAAUGAAAGUAAUCUUCAAGCAUCAAAAGCUUCUAUGGAUGAUUUCAACCAGGUUAAGUAUAAAAAAGAAUCAGAAAUUCGUGAUUUUAUUCCUCAAAAGAUUGCGAAUACAAGUAUACAAAUACAUCCUGAACCUCACUCGCAGUAUAAAAGUCCACAAGUAUUGCAUCAACAAAAUACUCUUCAAGAAGUCCCUCCACAAAUUUUUGCACACCAUCAUCUUGAACCAGAGUAUUUAAAUGCUAUGAAUUACGAGCCGAACUAUCAGCAGACAUCUACUUAUGGAAUGACUUCACCUCAAGAUUUGAUGAUCAAUCGUUUGAGAAUUAAUCACAGUAAUAAGGCUGAAAAUCAACAAUAUUCACAUAAAAAUUAUCCUAAUACACCUCGACAAUACCCACAUUUAGAAAAUUCAUUGGAGAGUAAAAAUACCACAAAAAGUUCGAGUAGUCAACAGUAUCAUGAAUAUCCACCGCAAAAAUUACCUGGAUCUCAAAAUAAAGAAAUAAAAAAAAAAGUAAUCCAAUUCACUCCCGCAAUGAAACAUGACCAAGAGUUAUUGAUAUCAAAGUUAAAGCAGCAGGGAAUAAGUGAAGAAAUAAUAAAACGUCAGUUUGAUGCUUUAUUAACUGAGCAAAAAAGACAAUUGAGUUACCUUCAACAAUUAGCGCAGCCGGAAAACCCCGAAAAAUCAAAUAAAAUUGUUACAAAAAGAAAAAUAAGUAGGAACAGUGAAGAUGGAAAACCAGAGUGGAUGGCCCAUAUCACCCCACCUAGAAUUACUUACGCUACUGUUGAUAAAAUUAAAACCAGUCAAAAUACCAUAAUACAACAACAGAAAAAAAAUGUUGGAUUUAAUAGUAAUAAUAAAGUGAAUAUAAAUAAAAACUCUGAGCAAACGAUUCAAUAUUGGCAGGCAAAUGAUAGGCAAAAUGGAAUGUACGUAAAUUGUCGAAAUUAUCAGCCUUGGCACAAUGAGGGUACUUCUACUGAAGACCGUCAAUGUAAUUGUCAUCAGCGCAGCGUUGUUCAACAUCAACAAUAUCCUAUUCAUCAACAAAAUUUUCCUAUGAAUUCUGGACAUUAUCCAGCACAAUAUCAUCCACAUAAACAAUAUCCAGAGAUCAAUCCUCUCGGUAAUGGUUAUUUUAUAUUGUACGAUCCCAGUCAUCAGCAUCAAAAUAACAGAGAGAUUACUUUUCAAUCUAAUCAUCAUCCUUUCCCGCAUGACUAUCGUAAUUAUCAACAAAACGGUGCUGGUUAUCAGCAAAAUUGGAUGAGCAAUCCGCAUUUGAAGCAAUAUAAUCAACCUCACAAUUUUGAAGUGUCCAAAAAUUUACAGGAAGGUAAUUUGAAUGAAAAACAAAGAAAACAAGUUGAAGAAACACCUAAUACUGUAAAUUUUAGUCAUUGCAAGAGUGCUGCUGGAAAAAAUCCAAGAAACAAUGGUCUGCAGGAUGUAUAAACAGUAAAAGAAGUCAUAUUUAUUAUUUGAUAAAUGUCAUAAAGGGUUUGGGAAGCGUGAAAUUUAAAUAGAAUAAAGAUAAAUCUUAAUGCAAUAGCGAAUAGGAUUGUAUUAAGAUGAUAA